GGUUUUCAUACCUAAAACUAGCCAGUUUUAUUAAUUUGUCAGUAUCAAUAGAGCUGUCAAUUUUCUCUGAAGCCCCAGGGCUAGCCCCGGCCCCUUUAAUAUUUAGUCCACUUUUCAUGACCCACACUUUAGGGGGCUUUUUUAAAGCCCCCAGCCCUCAAAACCCAUUAAAUGGGGGUUGUGAAUGAUUCAGGGUCGGGUUAGCCCCCCUAGCCCCAAAAGUAUUUCCAUUUCUUCUUAAGUGGCCACUUCGCUAAGAGCUUGCAGCAAGGGCAGCACACACAGGUGACGACGGUAGACGGCAGCGCACGGCGAUGGUACAAGUGACGAUAGCACACAGUGGAGUCAACGGCGGCACUUGACGGCCUCCCCCUCACUCUCGCCGCCCCUCCCUCCACCUUCUCCCACCGUCUCCCCCCGCCAUGUUGGACCUCGGAGGAAACCUCCACCCUCAUCGACGCCUACCGCAACAAAUGGUACUCCUUCGGCCGCACCAACCUCAGCCACCCAUUGGCAAGAGGUCGCCGAUGUCGUCACUGCCCAAUGCCUCAACGCUUCCCUCACUGCCAAAACCGCCGUCCAGUGCCGCCACAAAAUGGAAAAACUCCACAAACGCCAACGCCUCCGCUCCCUCCCCCUCGCGUCAUCAACAACUCAUCCACCGCUUCACCCUCCUCCUGGCUUCAGUUUAAUUGCGGUGUUGGUUAUUUUCAGAAUAUAGCAAAAAGAAGAAUCUGUUACAAGCAUUGCGUUGCUUCGGAGGUUAAUUUCCAAAAGAAGUAUUCCCCAUUAUAUACUUCAUUACCAAGGGUCAAGCAAGUAAGUAAGAGGCUAAUUUGUGUUGUUGCCAGAGAGGAUUUACCAAAGCAAGUUGAAGAAUCUAAUAUGAAGACACCAAAGGAAAUAUUCUUAAAGGAAUAUAAAAUGCCUGAUUACUACUUUGACAAUUUGCUUUGACUUCCACCUAGCUCUCUUGUUGUAAAACCAUAUAGCAAUUUGUCUUGGCUGCAAUUCAAGGUAUUUUGCCAGCUGCAACUUCUUUCUAGGCUCUAGCCUUGACUCUGUCUCAAACAUGGUUUCCAUUGAUGUGAUUUGAUCUUCACUGAACAUUGUUUCUUGAUGGGGUGGUGCUGCUGCUGGUGUAAGUUUUUGCCUCUGAAUCCUCUGCUGAAUAAGUAUAUUCCAUGUUGUGUAACACUCUCACACUUGCUGCUAGCUGAGACUAAAGGGCCUUGAGUUGAAGAUAGGUGAAUUAGGUGAUAGAGAAUUUUUUUAGAGAUUGUAUGUGUGCGUAUGUGUUAUUUUUGAUAUGCAAGUAUCAAUUAGCUUUUUCUUAUUAGAGUUAAGUCCCCAAUUGCUGGCUUUGUAUCCAAAACUCAUUGUUUUGUAUAAAUUCUGCAUUCUGUUAUGUUAUUGUAGCAUAAAAUUUUUGUUUUUCUCUGUUUUUAUAUCUGUUUUUGGACCAUAAAUUUUUUCUUAAGCCCCAACCCCUAAAAGCCCCAAGAAAGGGGUUGGGAUUGAAUCAGGGCCGGGUCAACCCCCCUAACCCCCAACUUCAGUUUCUUUUGUGCGAACGCUGAAGCAUUCCCAUUUACUACUGAAGAAACGUUUGUUUACGAGCUCGACGGCACAGCAUCUUCAACCUCAAAAUUUGCAAGAACGGCAAAACCUAAUUCGACCAUUCUCUCAAUCAUGCUCUUGCUUGUGAUUUCACACUGUCGAUUUUGUAGGUACCCAUUUCCUUUCUCACCUACUUCAUGAUUAUUUGCCUCUCUGAUUUAGGUUUUACUUAUGAAAUUAACCCGAUUUUGAACUGAACAAGAGAAGAACCUAGAAAAAUCAAAAGAACCUAGAAAAAUCAGAAGUUGUAUAUUUAUAGCAUAUGCCAUCUAAAUUAAUGUUUUUCGUGAUAUCUAAUAAUGUUAUUGGUGAGAUGAUUUUAGUAAACUGAAAAGGGUGAGAAUAAAUUUUUGGACCCACAAUCUGAUUUUGGAGUUUGGUCCGUUUGAUGAGUGGCUCCCAGAUGAUGAUUAAUGGUGAUAUAUGGCUAGGUGGAUUUUGUGAUAUAUGCUUAAUUGAAUUUUCACUUUCUUGCUUCUCCAAACGCACCCAUUUAUUUCGUUUUUGAAAUUUGAAAGGGACUCUUUAGAANAAGUGCAACUGCAUCUGUUUCAUUAUUUCAGUGUAAAUGGCACCAUGUUUUUUGCGUUAAAAGUUUCAACCCAUGUGAUUCUCCUCCUAAUAAACACAAUCACUUUUAUUGGUCAGUGUCGUUUGUGUGUUUAAUAGUUUCUUGAUUUUUGAGGUAUAAUUGGUGCUUGAAGAGAAGAGUUC